UAUCAAACUCUCCGCUAUCGCUAGGUUCCAGAUUUAUCGGUUCGACCGGCCGGUCUAGAUCUGAAAUCACUGCUCAUCCUCGUCACUCGUAUAUGAAAAUGAAACACAAGACCUAAAUUAAAAAACCCUAAAUCACUCACUCCUACACACCAUUCCCUCCCAUUUCUCCGUAAGCUCUUUCACGCAUCUACGAUGGCGUCCAUGAUGCAACCGCAAAUCAUACUGCUGAAGGAAGGCACAGACACUUCCCAGGGUAAAGCGCAGCUACUGAGCAACAUCAAUGCCGUCACGGCGGUCGGCGAUGUGGUUCGAACCACGCUCGGUCCACGAGGGAUGGACAAGCUCAUCCACGACGAUAAGGGAUCCGUCACCAUCUCCAACGACGGCGCUACCAUCAUGAAGCUCCUCGACAUUGUCCAUCCCGCCGCUAAGAUCCUCGUCGAUAUCGCCAAAUCGCAAGAUUCCGAGGUUGGUGAUGGAACAACUACGGUUGUUCUUCUUGCUGCUGAGUUUUUGAAGGAGGCUAAGCCGUUUGUUGAAGAUGGUGUUCACUCCCAGAAUCUGAUUAGGAGUUACCGCACUGCAAGCACUUUGGCAAUUGAGAAGGUUAAAGAACUCGCUGUUAGUAUUGAGGGGAAAAGUGUAGAGGAGAAGAAAGGUUUGUUGGCUAAAUGUGCUGCUACCACUCUUUCCUCUAAGCUUAUUGGUGGAGAGAAGGAGUUCUUUGCUACAAUGGUUGUUGAUGCUGUUAUGGCCAUUGGGGAUGACGACAGGCUCAAUUUGAUCGGAAUCAAAAAGGUUCCUGGUGGUAACAUGCGAGACUCUUUCCUAGUUGAUGGUGUGGCUUUCAAAAAGACAUUCUCAUAUGCGGGUUUUGAACAACAGCCAAAGAAGUUUCUUAAUCCCAAAAUCCUCUUGCUUAACAUCGAAUUGGAGUUGAAAUCUGAGAAGGAAAACGCUGAGAUUAGACUGUCAGAUCCAUCACAGUACCAGUCAAUAGUUGAUGCAGAAUGGAACAUCAUUUAUGACAAGCUAGACAAAUGUGUCGAAAGUGGAGCUAAAGUUGUUCUUUCUCGAUUGGCUAUUGGUGAUCUAGCCACUCAGUAUUUUGCCGAUCGUGAUAUUUUCUGCGCUGGCCGUGUAGCAGAAGAAGAUCUUAACCGCGUGGCUGCUGCGGCUGGAGGAACAGUUCAGACAAGUGUUAACAAUAUAAUACCCGAGGUUCUCGGAACUUGUGAGAUAUUUGAGGAAAAACAAGUUGGUGGGGAGAGAUUUAACAUAUUCAGUGGUUGUCCUUCAGGACGUACAGCUACUAUUGUCCUCCGAGGUGGAGCUGAUCAGUUUAUCGAAGAAGCUGAGCGUAGUUUACAUGAUGCGAUUAUGAUAGUGAGAAGAGCCGUGAAGAACUCAACUGUUGUUCCUGGAGGUGGAGCGAUAGAUAUGGAGGUAAGCAAGUACCUGAGGCAGCAUUCAAGAACAAUUGCUGGGAAAUCACAGCUUUUCAUCAACUCGUAUGCAAAGGCCUUGGAGGUUAUUCCACGGCAAUUGUGUGACAAUGCUGGAUUUGAUGCAACGGAUGUCCUAAAUAAGUUAAGACAAAAACACGCCAUGCAAAGCGGUGAAGGAGCUUCUUAUGGAGUGGACAUUAACACUGGUGGAAUUGCUGAUUCUUAUGCUAACUUUGUCUGGGAACCAGCAGUUGUAAAGAUUAAUGCUAUAAACGCUGCGACUGAAGCAGCUUGCCUUAUUCUCAGCGUGGACGAAACUGUGAAGAAUCCUAAAUCUGAGAGCGCACAGGGAGACGCUGCCACAGGUGCUAUGGGAAGAGGACGCGGUGGAGGUCGUGGCCGUGGUAUGAGGAGGCGAUAAGUUUUGUUAUUUUUUUAGUCUUAUGACAAAACUUGCAAGCUUCUUCUCUGAAUUUUAGUUUUGUUGAAUUUUGUUUUGAAAUCAAGGAGCUAGUGUAUUUGUGUUUAUUUGACUCAUGUCCAUACAAUUUGUGAAAUUGAAAUUUCAGUGUGGGUUUUUGUUACACUUGAGAAACUACAUUUGCUUUAUUGGAUCAAGACGGAGAUGAAUCAAA